AUCCCUCAAUCCCCUCAACUCCCACAACUCCCACAACUCCCACAACUCCCACAACUCCCACAACUCCCUCAAUCCCCUCAAUCCCCUCAAUCCCCUCAAUCCCCUGAAUCCCCUCAACUCCCUCAACUCCCUCAAUCCCCACAACUCCCUCAAUCCCCACAACUCCCUCAAUCCCCACAACUCCCUCAAUUCCCACAACUCCCACAACUCCCUUUCCCACAACUCCCACAACUCCCACAACUCCCACAACUCCCUCAAUCCCCCCAACUCCCACAACUCCCUCAAUCCCCUCAACUCCCUCAAUCCCCACAAUUCCCUCAACUCCCACAACUCCCACAACUCCCACAACUCCCACAACUCCCUCAACUCCCUCAACUCCCUCAACUCCCUCAACUCCCACAACUCCCACAUCUCCCACAAUUCCCUCAAUCCCCACAACUCCCUCAAUCCCCUCAACUCCCUCAAUCCCCACAACUCCCUCAAUCC